UAGCACCUGCCUUAGCAACGAAACUAACAACACAAAAUUUAGUGCAUUGUAUCUAAAUAGUGUAGUAAUCUUUCGUAAGUAUUAAGGUGCUAAAGCUGUGUUUUUAUAUUUCAUAAAAAUGGGACUUUUAUCAAUUUUACGAAAAUUGCGUUCAUCCCACGAUAAGGAACUACGACUUUUAUUGCUUGGUCUCGACAACGCUGGAAAAACAACAAUAUUAAAGUCGUUGGCUAGUGAAGAUAUUACUCAAGUUACGCCGACGCAAGGUUUCAAUAUAAAAAGUGUUCAAAGUGAAGGUUUCAAACUUAAUGUAUGGGACAUUGGCGGCGCGCGUAAAAUAAGACCUUAUUGGCGAAAUUAUUUCGAAAACACUGAUAUUCUUAUUUACGUAGUAGACAGUGCAGAUAUCAAAAGACUUGACGAAACAGGCCAAGAACUUUCGGAGCUUUUGAUGGAAGAAAAAUUACGCGGAGUUCCAUUAUUAGUUUAUGCAAACAAACAAGAUUUGGGACAGGCAGUCACUGCUGCUGAGAUUGCUGAAGGAUUAGGGCUUCAUAAUAUCAAAGACCGGGAUUGGCAAAUACAAUCUUGUAUUGCGACAGAAAGCAAGGGUGUUAAGGAAGGACUUGAAUGGGCAUGCAAAAGUAUCAAAAAGAAGUAAUAUUUAAAAUGAUACUCUAAUCAAACUAUUAUCGGAAUGAAUAUGCAGCGCCGACAAAAUUUUUGUACAUUUGUUAUAUUCAUUUUGACAUUUACCUAAUAUUUACAAAUAAUUAAUUAAUGGUAAAUAGGUUUGAUAAAAAUA